AUGGUGAAGGAGAAGGGGAAUGAGAAGGGAAAGGGUGCUGGCAGUGGUGCGAUCCUUGUGGCCGAUCGCACCUUGCUCCGCCGCCGGUGGCCGGAGGACGCGUGCCCCUCCCUCGCCGGCUUCUUUAUCAAGAACCGGGCCCGUGAUCAAGAGGCCAAGGUGCUCGUCCCGACGCCACGGUCGCCGCUGGGCCGCCGUUGCCGCAGCCUCCGCUCCUUCGUGCCAACCGUGCCGGACCGCGCGGUGCCGCUGGCCUCGCGCCGCGGCCUGCUCCUCGUGCGCCUCAUCCCGCCCCACGAGGCAGACCUGGACCAGACGGUCCUCCGUCUGGCCGUGUGCAACCUGCUCCUCGGCACGUGCCACGAACUCCCUCCUCUAAUGCGCACCACCUCUGUCGGGUACCGUGACUAUGGAUGCUACUGUUGUGCCGUUCUAUCCGGUGACGACUGUCGCUCCGGCGGCGGCGGCCCCGAACAGCCACCGGGCAACUCACCCUUCCACAAAGCGUUAAUCAUCACAGCCGGUCAUGAGGGACAGUGGACUAUGUUUGAUAUCCACACCUUGUCGACUGUGAAACCGAGCUGGAGUACAACGCGCUCCCAUCAAAGUAUGUGGGGCAAUACCCUCGGGUCAUUCUGUCAUACCGACGCCGUCGUCUGCCACGGCGUCGCGUACUGGCUAUUUCGUGAUGACAAAGAACAGUGUUUCCGAAUUGUUAAACUGAUGAUUGGCCAGCACGACUAUCUCACAUUCAUGUGGCUCCCGGCUGAGAUGUUGCCUGACCGAGAUCACCGCCCGUGCCUUCGCCUGAACAGCGACGGCACGCUCUCGGUGCUACAGAUGCAAGAGACAGGUUCCCAGCUACAGAUAUGGAGACAAGAGGGCCAAGAGAGUUUCUAUGAUUCCUCACGAUGGCUCCAUCCUCAGACGAUCGAGCUGAUACAACCAUGGAAGAAGACGACCCAAGUAAAAGACACACUUUCCAUACUGGGAGAGAAGUGUGGCAAAUUGCUUGUCAUGGAUGGGCGUGGGCGCGUGUACACCGCCGACCUCGAGACCGGAGCAAUGAAGGAGGUGGCUGACGGGCCUUACGCACGCCCCAACAGCCCUCUCGAUGCCGUGCUCUUAGAGAUGGACUGGCCGGCGUUCUUCGUUUCACGUCUUGGUACUGACAGGUAUAGCUACCCAUGA